AUGCAGACCCCCCGGGGUUAUGAUCGCAUGGGCACAGUAGGAAAGAUCUGUGAAGAGCCGCGGUCUUACAUCAUCCAGUCUGGAGGCAGAGACUACAGGAGAAACCGCAGACACCUCCUGCCCGUCGCCGAGCGAUCUCCACAUCAACCUGACACUGUCGACCUGCAGCCCUUCAACCCAGCUGCCGGUGAAACACCUCCCAUCUACAGGGAGGAACAAUGGGAUCCCAUGGACACUGUACCACCGCUGGUCCAGGUACCCGUAGCUAACUCUCCCGUCCACGCUGGCAAGAGCCCAUACACAACACGUUUUGGUCGUACAGUCAGAGCAAACCCCAAAUACAAAGACUGA